AUGGAUGUCUCUUGUCAUCUCGGUCAACGGAGGUCGUACAAUGGCGAUCUGUGCACUGUUCGCUACAUAGGAAAAGUCGAGGGCACUACGGGCGAUUGGCUCGGGGUUGAAUGGGAUGAUUCAACUCGAGGGAAGCACUCUGGCGAACAUCAAGGAGUGCGGUAUUUCGCAUGCAAAAGCAACCAACCGACGGCCGGGUCGUUCGUGCGUCCAUCGCGGGCCGCGGACAAACCUCGAGGCUUUCUGGAGGCAGUGCGUGAGAAGUACGCCUCUGAGUCGGAGCAGGUUUCCACGAAACAGGGAUCAACUGGCGUAGCGCCCGGCGACUCGCAUCAAAAGCCGAUAGAAAUCAGCGGCAAAGUUGUUGAAGAAGUAGGGUUCGACAAGAUCCGAAAGCAACUGGCAGAGCUCCAGGAACUACGCAUCGUGCUUCUUGAUGGGCUGUGUGUUGCGGGGGUCCUUCCUUAUAAAAGAGAACGAGAAGAACUCGAAAAAGCUCUUACGGAGAUCCAACGGACUUGUCCAAAAAUCACGGGGCUCGACCUCGGUCGGAACUUAUUGACUAGCUGGUCGGAGGUCCAGGGUGUCUGUGACCAGCUUGAGAAUUUGAAAGUAUUGAAGUUGAAGUUUGACCCAGCCGAGGAGGGGUUGAAGUUCCAAGGUAUCACCGAGCUUCACUUGGACGACACUCUUCUUGCUUGGGACGAGAUAUCGACUUUGACACAUCAGUUCCCAUCCAUCACCACUCUAUCUGCUUGUGCUAAUCAGAUCUCAACCAUCCCAAGGUCAAUACCGAACACCAUCACGUCAUUGAGUUUAGAACUCAAUGACCUUUCUUCGCUGUCGUCAAUAAAACAUCUAACGUCACUCCCGAAUCUUGAGCACAUCUCCCUACGAGGAAACUGUAUAAACGCAGUUUAUGACAAGAAUCAGGCAGGGGCGCCUUUCCAAUUCCCAACAACGCUUAAAUCCGUUGAUUUGUCUCGAAAUGACAUUAACACAUGGUCAUUCGUGGACGAACUCUCAAACAUCUUUCCUGGUCUACAAAUCCUUCGGAUUUCCGGGAACCCCCUCUACAAACAAUCAGUCGGGCCGUCAGUCGUCACAGGAAUGCCGGAGAAGCCGAUGACAGUAGACGAAGCAUACAUGUUGACUCUAUCUCGGCUUGCAUCUCUGCAAGUUCUUAAUUUUGGGAAUAUCAACGCGAAGGACCGCAGUAACGCAGAGCUCUAUUAUCUUUCGCUUAUUGGCAAAGAGCUGUCUGCCAACUCAGAGACUGCCGAACCGGAAGUCCUCAAGAAACAUCCUCGCUAUAGUGAGCUUUGCAAAAUCUACGGCGGACCCAUAAUCAGUCGGGCUUCCGACUCAACAGGGGCUGGUACUUCAGUGAACCCACGCUCGGUUGCUGCCCGAUUGGUGAAAAUGGUCUUUCAUUUGCGGUCCGAUAACUCCCAGACCAUCGAAAUCAUCAAAUCAAAGGAGAUUCCUCGGUCAUUCGACACAUAUCAGCUCAAAGCAAUCAUGUCUCGCCUCUUCAAUCUACCACCUUACGAAUGUCGGCUAAUUUGGGAAACGGAUGAGUUGGACCCUGUCAGCAAAGCGAACAUGGAGGAUGCGGAUGGAUGGGAUAGCGAAGACGAGUCUGCAGACGGUGACUCCAAAGAAGUUGAAGGUCACAGUCUCCCGAUUGACGAAACCAAAUUUGUCAAGAGAGAAGUUGAACUUGUGGACAGCACCAAGGACAUCGGGUUCUGGUUCCAACCUGACCUCAUCGAAGCAAGAGUCAGAGUAGAAGUUUCACCCCGCUCAUAA